AUGAGCAAAGAGCUUACAAUUAGUGAGAAGUACAUACUGAUGGAGAUGAUCUUCGCUGAAGUCUUCUACUUCCUUCAAUUAGCUGUCUUCCUCUACCUCAUUCGGCGUUGGUACCGCGGUGAUGAGGCAGUGAGGGUGAAACUCAAGGUGCCUGAAAAGAGGGAUACUUUAUUGCGACACGAUUGGGUAAGUAUCCUUACUAAUUACUACCUGGAUAACACACCAACGGUCAAACUGAGCGACCUCAGCAUCGGAUCCGAGCUAUCUGUUAGACGCCGGAAGAGAGAGGGGCUCGCCAAGCGCCCGCCCGGCGAGACAUCGGACCAACACAAUUUGCACAAUGCGCCGAGUUCGUUAGGCAUUCAUAAUGAAGAGUGGCUGUAA